CGCCUGUAAACCGUAGAGUCUCCGGAGGAAUAGGAGGCGAUGGUCAUCUCCAGCUCGGGCUCCGACGGCGCGCAGGACGAGAGGAGCGCUUUUUACGCACGAAUCCCAGUCGCGACCGUGCGCAUCUGACGGACCUGCGGAACCGGGGAGAAGCAGGAGCGCGGUUCCAUGGUGGGUUCUCCGUCCGAGCGGAGCAGAGUGCUGGCUCGUUGACCGUCACCUCCAGUCACCAUGGAUUACGGGCGGACCAUGGCCCCCCCGGUGCCCCCUCACAAAGCCAAACCCGCGCGGCCCGGACCCGGACCCGGCCAGGAGCGGCUGCUGAAGUGCGUCCUGCUCGGCGAUGGGGCGGUGGGAAAAACCAGCCUGGUGGUCAGCUACACCACCAACGGCUACCCCACCAAAUACGUGCCCACGGCGUUUGAUGACUUCUCGGCUGUGGUUCAGGUGGACGGAAGCCCGGUCAGACUACAGCUGUGUGACACUGCAGGACAGGAUGAAUUCGACAAGCUCCGCCACUUCUGCUACAGCCGGACCGACGCCCUGCUGCUGUGCUUCAGCGUGGUGAGCCCCGCCUCCUUCCAGAACGUCUGGGAGAAGUGGGUGCCCGAGAUCCGCCGGCGCUGCCCGCUCACGCCCGUCCUCCUGGUGGGCACGCAGUGCGACCUGCGGCAGGACGUCAAGGUGCUGAUCGAGCUGUCGCGCCGGCGAGAAAGGCCGGUGCCGGAGGAGGACGCCCGCGCGCUGGCCGAGAAGGCCGGCGCCGUGACCUACAUCGAGUGCUCGGCGCUGACCCAGAAGAACCUGAAGGAGGUGUUCGACGCGGCCAUCGCCGUGGGGCUGCGGCAGUCCGACAGGAGGGCGCGCAGGGAGAGGAAGGUCCGCAGCACGGCCGACAAGAUGAGGAUGCUCUCCAAGUCCUGGUGGAAGAAGUACGUGUGCGUCCAGUAGGAUGGAGCUGAUCCGUCAAGACUGUCGUUCAGUGGGGACAGUUCGGCAGAGUGCGUCCGCCGGAUCCGAGUGGGCGCUGGUCCAGGACCAGCCGUAGCCGCGCUCUGAUCCUCAGAGUCAGGACUGUUACACGGGACUGGGACCAGCUUCCAGUCAAAUAUUGCGGAGCUAAUAAAAGUUUAUGGUGAUGAACUGCGGAUCGCAGGACGCGUCCAUAGAAAGCGGACGCCGAUGUGACGGCGAGGCGACGAGUCAGCGCUAAAAGCAGAAGUCUGUGUGCGGUUGGAUGUAACGAAGCGUUGUCUCGUGUGACUCUCAGCCCUCAAUCAAAGACGCAAUAAUCCCACUAAUGAAAAUCAACUCACUAACUAAUUCUAACGUCACGGACAACUUGUUAAAGCUUUACGUUAUUUACCUCAUGCAGUUAUGAGCUAUAAUCAAAUGUAUAUGAGCAUAAAUUCUAUGAAGUCGUGGAGGUUGUGUGAGGCUGAUUCCAGCAGCUCACAAACCAUCAGUCUGUGUCUGUCGACAACACAGGACGACGCACCUGCUGCUCUCAACUCUCACACCAGGUUUCUGGACUUUUUGAUAACGUCCCUGCGCCUCAGCAAUAAUUUGGGUGGUGCCGCGGUACAUUGCACUUAUGACGCGCAGUCCACACGCGACACUGACGUGCUGCCAUUCAAUGGCAUUUGGAUCAGUGGUGUGGAAAGUUAAGAAUUACUUAAACAGAGCAAGUAAAUGCGUCGCCGGUGCUCGAAAGAUGUGUUUACUGAAACAGAAGAGGCCGAUCUGGUUUGGAUGAUCACAGGGUCCUUUGUGUUUGUAGUCAGAGCUUUAAAUGGAUAAUUAUCCCUUUUUGUCAGCCUGCUGGAGUCUGUCCUCUGUUUGAAAUGAUACACGAUACAAGGUGAAAUCACUGAGACUGAUUCUACGUUCGCUUCUUAUUUUUCAGAAGCCUUAUUUAUCUGUUCCUCGCGGGCCAAUAACUGAUCAACAGCGAGGCACAGAAACUGUCCCGUCCUGUGUGUGUGUGUUACAUAGUGGUCAGGAUGUCUGUGCUGUCGCCAGGCCGUGUGUACGUACAGUACGGGUCCAGCUCUAAACGGUACCUAACGUGCGUGGUUCAGCGCGUGACUGUGCUAUGGGAGCAGUUUGUGGAGCUGUACAAGAGGAACCAAAUAAAAUGUGAAAUAUUUAA